UUAAAAAGAGGAAAAUCUUGCAAACAUAAAUAUAAUUCGGAAUGAAUUUUUCGAUUUGAAAAUGGCGCCUCGUACCAUUCGGCCUGCGCAUUAGAUUGACUGGUUUCCUUUCCUGCAACAAAUCAUUUCUGAAGUUCUCUGUUCUUGUUUAGUGAUAGACGCUCCGUAUAAAAUCGAUUUAGGAAAAUUCUCAGCCAGAAAUUUCCAAAACACGUACUGAUUAAUAGUAAUAUGAGUAAUGUACCCAACCAAAAUGGAUCAGGUCUAGAGCAGCAGUUUGCUGGUCUGGACUUGCAGGGACGCGGUAACGGCAGCACCGCCCGCUACAUAAUCCCUCAUCUACGUAACAAAUUGCAAAGCCAAUCCGAUAACAGCGGUGUCGAGAAAGAUCGCGGCUUUGAUCGCAACGAUCCAAGAGGAGGAACACCUCGCGGCGGCGGCACGUCGGGCAGCGGCAACUACAAUCGAGGCAGCACCAAUCGCGGCGGCGAUCGCAGCGGCGACUACUCCAGCUUUAAUACCAGAAAUCGAAGAGACCAAUUUCAAAAUGGCGAGAGCUACGACAGAGGUAGCAGCAGCGGCGGCAACGAAUGGUCCGGUUCCGGUGGACGAGGUGGUCGGUACUCGGAACGGGAACGUGACAUGCCCCGUAAUGAUCGUUGGAAGGAACCGGAGAAGCCCAGAGACAACAGUCGAUGGAACGAUAAUCGUGAUGGAGGCGGCCGAUGGAACGAUAGAAGUCGUAAUAGCGAAACUGAUUGGACCGUCCCGCUUCCUAAGGAUGAUCGGCUCGAAAUUGAACUGUUCGGUACGGGAAAUACCGGAAUCAAUUUCAGCAAAUAUGAAGAUAUCCCCGUCGAGGCGACUGGAGACCAAGUCCCUCGUCACAUUACAUCUUUUGAGGAAGUACAGCUGACAGAAAUAAUUCGUAACAACAUAAAUUUGGCUCGAUACGAUACACCUACACCUGUACAGAAGUACGCGAUCCCAAUUAUAAUUGCGAGACGAGAUGUCAUGGCCUGCGCGCAAACUGGAUCCGGCAAAACUGCAGCAUUUCUAGUGCCAAUCUUAAAUCAAAUGUACGAACGCGGUCCGCCUAACAUUAACCGAGGCUACAGACGCAAACAGUACCCGUUUGGUCUCGUCCUCGCCCCGACACGUGAACUGGCGACUCAAAUUUACGACGAAAGUAAAAAAUUCUCGUACCGCUCGCGUGUUCGACCUUGCGUGGUUUACGGUGGUGCCAACAUUGUCGAACAAAUUCGAGAUCUCGAUCGCGGCUGCCAUCUGUUGGUAGCAACCCCUGGUCGACUGUUAGAUAUGAUCGAUCGUGGAAAAAUCGGCUUAGAUUAUUGCAGAUACUUGGUUCUGGACGAGGCCGAUCGCAUGUUGGACAUGGGCUUCGAACCGCAAAUUCGUCGCAUCCUCGAAAAAGAAAAUAUGCCCAGAACGGGAGAACGACAAACUCUUAUGUUCUCCGCCACGUUUCCUUCUCCCAUUCAAAUGUUAGCUCGUGACUUCUUAGACAACUAUAUUUUCUUGGCAGUCGGACGUGUCGGUUCUACAUCUGAAAAUAUAACCCAGAAAGUUGUUUGGGUGGAAGAACACGAUAAGCGUUCGUUUUUAUUGGACCUCUUGAACGCGGCUGAGUUACAACAACCGUCCGCCGAAAGUCUAACUCUAGUCUUUGUGGAAACGAAAAAGGGGGCCGAUUCCUUAGAAGAAUUCCUUCACAAUGAAGGGUACCCGGUAACUUCCAUACACGGAGAUCGUACUCAGAGGGAACGAGAAGACGCCCUAAGGCAAUUCCGAUCGGGAAAUACGCCAAUUCUGGUAGCCACGGCCGUUGCCGCUAGAGGGCUCGAUAUUCCUCACGUAAAACACGUCAUUAAUUUCGAUCUACCAUCCGACGUCGAAGAGUACGUCCAUCGAAUUGGACGUACCGGUCGAAUGGGCAACUUAGGUUUGGCGACGUCAUUUUUCAAUGAUCGUAACCGCAACUUAGCAACUGCCAUGCUUGAUCUUCUAGUAGAGGCUAAGCAAGAUCUACCAUCCUGGUUGGAAAAUGUGGCCCUAGAUGGCAGGGCACCCACAUCCGGUCGUCGUGGUGGGAAGAAUCGUUUCGGUAGCGGCGGCGGUAGCAGUUUUGGCGGUAGAGAUUUCCGCCAGCAAUCGGGUGGAAUGCAAAGAAACACCCGCGGAUCUGGUGGGAGCGGCGGCGGUGGGUAUGGAAGUAAUGGAUACAACAAUUCAGGUAAUGGUGGUUAUUAUGGAAGCGACAGAGGUAAUUAUGGCGGAAACUACAGCAACACGAAUGCCCGCGACGAUUGGUGGGGAAACUAAUUUAAAAAAAAAGAAUCAAUUUCCAAUCACCUUUAUUCUACUUGCACAGCACAUUCUUCUCCAUAUUGGACACGUUAAGCGUUACUUUACGAUCCGGGCUGUCUAAUACUAUAGUCAUAUAUAUUUAAUAAUUUAUUUAGGACGUUGUACAGGUUUACUCAAAAUUGUUCUUCCACUUUUUGUUGUGUUCUCAUCGGCCAGCUAGGAUUGAUUGAUUUUGUUUGUUUGUGCCUUUUACCUAUACUGGAUUUGACGAAUUCGUGUUAACUCACUUAUAUAAGAAUUAUUUAAUACUAAAUGUAGGUGAACUAGCAUUAUUUAGGCUCGAUUUGGAAAAACUUCGUACAACCUUUCAAGUGUGUAGACAAGAUUUUGAUUAUAUAUAAACUAGUGAAAAAUUUUGCUAUCCCGAUGGUAGGUAGCGCAGGAAUUUAUUCGUUUCAAAAAAAUAAUAAUAAUAAUAAUAAUAGACUGUUGAGCCCUCUUAGGUGAAAAGAUCUGCGUACUUUAUUAUUAUAUUGCGUCUCGUCUAGUCAAUAAUGCAUUUGACUGACCGAGUUCACGGCUCAAGAACUGCGUUGCAGUUACAGCUGUCGAAGACGCUAAGAGUAUUCUGUAUGCGACUGUGAUAUUUCCGAUCUUAUAUUUCGCGUAGUUAUUUAUGGGACGAAAAUUUGGUGAUUGUUUGGAGGCAGUCGUGAAAUUUAUGGUGAAUAAGUCUUAGCGUAUGAUCACAAAAAAUUAACUUAAAGAUAAUUAGUGAGAAGCUGCGACGAUUGAAUUGUUAGUGUGGGCACUUAUUUUGUGCCUCGAUAAGUAACUUAUUGAAUAUUUUUUUAUAUAACGUUACUUAUAUCCAGUGUAGUAGAGUUUAAUUAUGUAGUUUGUAAUUUCAAAAUUGUCUAGAUAUUUAUUUUCGCUAUUUUUUAAAUGAGGCGUUACCCCUUGCGUUGAGUGUUGUAUUACCCCCUUGUGAUAUGGUUAGAAAAUUUGUGCCUAUUCUAACAGAAUGUGAUGUCACAUUCUAAUACUUAACAUUUAAAACAUUAAAUAAGAGGUAACAGUUUAGCUGUGACUGCAACAUCUACGAUUGUUUUGUUUACGCUACCCGUCUACGAUCUAAUCAUUUCUUAGAUAUUAUCGUAAUGGUUAGUGUGAAGGCAGAUUGUUAAAAAUGAAUUAUAUAAAGGGAUGGCAAAAUGCUCUUCUACUCUUUGCAGUUUUGCCGAGGGUAAUUUAUUGAUUAAUGCAUUUAUAUGUUCUAGUAAAAAAACUGUUACAGCAUAUUGAUACAAAAAUAAAUUAAUUUAAAUUA